CAAUAUUUAGCUUGUAUUUUUUUGUUAACAUAUCUUUCUUGCUGGACACAAGCUUGUAAAUUUAAGUUUUUAAUUGGUCUGGUGAUUGAGGAAAAUAGAAAAAUAAAGUAAGUGUUGUCUGAAAUGCAGCUUUUUCCAGUAACCCUUUUUUCCUGUACCCUCAAUGCAAAAAAUUAAUUAUUUUUAUGUAGCAGUUUUGUGCUUCAGUGCUUUUGCACUUCUCUGGCAGCAAAGGGUUACACAUUGAGUCCCUACCUUUGCAUAAAAAGAGGGAUCAGGACCAGAGGGGAGAACAGAAAACCCAGGUACUGGAACAGGCUUUAAUGGAUGUGAAGAGUCAUGGUAAAGCAGACUAGCAAGUAAAACCCAGGCCCCAAUCAGUUCCUGAGGUGUGUGAGAUGAACUUAUUUACUUGGGUGUCACAGAGACUGCAACACUGGUUCUUUUCUUUGCAUCUCUGAUACACUUCACAGAAAUAGAGUUUCAUAGCCUUUCACACUAUGCAGUUAUUUGCAUUUCUUAUAUGUAUGAAGUGGCAAUUAACUUCAUUUUUCAAAACCUACUGAUUUUCAGAAGGUUGCAGAAAAUGCUGCCCUGUGAUAAUAGCCUCAGCCUUAUAUUAAUGGUGAAUUUUGUAAGUGAACUUUGUUUCCUCCCUGAGUUGGUUUAAUUGUCAGGCUUUCAUACCUCCUACCAGACACAAAAUGGAUUUAUGAGCCUACAACUGAGAAAGUUUUCUCUGCAGGUAAUAGUACCUUGUUUUUUGCCUGGUGGGAAAAAGUGCAGACUAGGGAUUAGAACAGUGGUUGUGGACAAGAGCCCUGCAGUUAAAACUGGUACUUUAAUACUGUGACGAACAAGGAUAGGCUCAAUCAAUUCCAGGAUCUGUGUUUUUUCCUACUGUGACUCUGGAGAUUUUUUUUUGGCUUUCAUGACCAACAAAUGGAGUCCUGCUCUGCAAUAAAAGUAAAAAUGGUGAGGCAGAGCUUUACAAAACCAUGAUCAUUAACUAGAGUGUCUGCACUUCUCCAGUCCUGCCAAUCUGGGUCAUAAUCCCCUAAGUGAAAGUGCAUUUUAAAUAGAAGCUCUCUUUCCUUCACAGCUAAGAACAGAGCUGCCAGCAGUUUACAGAUCAAAAAGUACCAAAAUGUACCUAUCUGUAAGUUGAAAAACAGGCCUUAUGAGUUUGCUGUGUGGUGGGGUCUCACCACAGCUGUUCUGUUGGCAGAAAUUUCAUGUGCUAAAUAAAUGGUGUGGUGCUGGUGUUUUGUAAUUGAAAAGAAGUUAUAGACAUGAAGGUAAAACAGAGUCUCUCUUACAAAUACUUGAUAAAAGCACAGUAUUGGUUCAAAGUCACACUCCAUUGCUUUCUUCAGGUGAAAAAUUGCAACAGUAUGAGUUAAAGAACUCCCAGUUUUGUACUGCUCAUCAUGCUGAAUUUUUGGGCCUGUAGCUGCACCGCUUAUAUGUACAAGCCAUGGAGAAUGUACUACUCGCUUUUAACCAGAUCAUUUUAUCACCUCAUACCCAUACACAUUCACCUACUAAGCACAGUAUAGAUAAAAAUGGAAGUCUGAGAUACAUCAAUAGCAAAGUGCUAAGAUACUGUAAUGUCUUGAGGUUUUUUUGUUUACCCACUCAUUUCAUGUGUUUGGAGUCUGAAAAAAUGUUUACAGAUUUCAUUAUUAAAAAAAAAAAUUGGGGGUGGCAGGAAACAGAGUGAGCAGUCCUAUGGCAGCUGUGUAGAACUGGAAAAGAGACUUGUGAGGGAGUAAAAACUACUAAAGAUCUGGAAAGUCUGGUUCCUCUCAGUUUCUUGUUUGCCUGACAGUUUGAUGGCAAUAUGUUGCACUUUCCCAAAGGGCAACAGGGUCAGCUCUCCACAAGACCUGCUAUAAUGUUGGCAGAGUGGAUGAAAUUAAGAUGAGCAUUUAUGGACAGCUGCUCUUGGUCUUACAAAUACAGGAGACAUCUGUAUUUUGGCUACUUGGCAAAAGAAGAUCCCAGUAUUUUCAAACAAAUGCACAUACCACAAAAAACUUCAUCUUUAGAAUGUUGAAGGGAGGUUUCUAUAUUAGACUUGAAAGGAGUGAAUGCCCCAUCCUCACCUGUUUUUUCUGACUGUGUAGCAAGGUCAUUUUUGUAGAGAGGUAAUGUACACACUCCAGCUGAUGCAGUAAAGAGAAUUAAGAAACCCCCUGUGAGCAAAACCCAGUCUCCAAUAAAAAUAUAUAUUUUAAAAACAGUAGUCAAUUAUUAGCCAAGCUGCUGGAGCAUUAGUACUCUCUAUGAAGUAACCUUUGGCUGAUGGACCUGUCCCCUUUGACAGUGAAGCCUGAAGACACCUCUUCUACCAGCCAAUCCCCUAGCCACUGGGGUUGGAAUCACGGGCAGUCUGCUCACAGAAAAAGCACUCUUCAAGUUCUAGUAUCUCAGGGAGAAGUUUCUUAGGACCAUGGAGCUUCUUGUGAAUGUAAGAAAAUGGAUAGAAGAAAACAAAACCGCCUUUUUGCCACCUGUUUGCAAUAAGCUUAUGCAUCGCUAUCAAUUAAAUGUGAUGUUUGUUGGAGGGCCAAAUGAAAGGAAGGAUUAUCAUAUUGAAGAAGGAGAAGAGCUUUUUUACCAGGUUCAAGGGGAUAUGUGUUUGAAGAUAAUUGAAAAUGGGAAACAAAAAGACGUUGUCAUUCGAGAAGGGGAGAUGUUCCUGCUACCUGCCAGGAUACCUCAUUCUCCUCAGCGAUACGAAAACACUGUGGGUCUUGUGGUUGAGAGGGAAAGAUUAAAAACAGAAAUUGAUGGGCUAAGAUAUUAUGUUGGAGAAUCAACUAAUGUCCUCUUUGAAAAAUGGUUUCACUGUGAAGAUCUUGGCACUCAACUUAUACCAAUAAUUCAAGAGUUUUUCAAUUCAAGGCAAUAUAAAACUGGAAAACCAAACCCAGAUGAACUCCUGAAAGAAACACCUUUCCCACUGAAUUCCACUUCUGUUAUGGAGCCAUUUUCCUUCUCAAGCUGGUUAAAUGAUCAUCGUGGUGAAAUAAAACAAAAGAAAUCCUUGAGUAUGUUUGGAGAUAACUUUGAAACAGAGGUUAUAGCUUACGGACCAGGAACAACUGAGAAAAGUAAAAAGAAUUCGGAUAUCUGGAUAUGGCAGCUGGAGGGCAAAUCGACUGUUGCCGUGGAUGGCAAAACCCUGACUCUCUCUGCUGGUGACAGCCUGCUUGUCCGUGCCCAGUCUACGUACUGCUGGAAUAGAGAAGAGGAAUGCGUUGCUCUCUGCAUCGCUCAGGAUCCAAAACGCAAGCAGCCUUAUAAAUAACUUCUGUGUCAGUUGGCUUGAGGAUAACCAAGUUUUAACCUACCAGUCUUAAUUAUCUUUUACUCAAAAUUCCUGGAAAUUUGAAUACCCUAACACAAUGAUUAAAUGCAGUCAAGUGCUGUGCCAAAUUAAAGCUUUUCCCCCAAGUAGUUAAGUCUUAGCAAAAUUUAUAAUCAGUAUUUUUUUUUUAAGAUCUAGUGGUUUGUUUGAUUUUAUCUAAAGGAAAUGACAACAUAUCCAAGUAGCAGGAUUGCUUAUCUAAUAACACAUGAUACUAUCUACAAGAAAUUAGAGGCUUUGGAAACGUAAGUCUCGGCCACAAGAGGUAGAAAAGGAGAUGGGACAGGUACUAUGAUACUACUUGGGUAACAGUGUUUAUUUCUUUGUAUCAGAUUUGUCAUUUGUAAUAAGCCAGUAGGACCCUAGCUACCCAGCUCAGCUUCCAGUAGGGAAGCUUUAAUUGGCAAUAGUUCAGAGGUCCUCUGAGAUCUUUGGCUAAAAGUUUGCUCAGUUUUUUUAAAGGCCUUAUCUGCUGCACUGCUUGAGAAUCUCAGUGCUUUGUGAAAGAGAGGAAGGCAUAUCAGUAAAAGGGGGAAGCUGUACCUGCAACAACACCAGGCAUCACUUAGACCACUUGCUACAGGUACAAGUUAUUCCCAGUUUCCCAGAUCCAGCACAGCAGUAUCAAUCACAGUGGUCAGCAGUACCCCACACAUGCCAUGCUGGAUGCUGUGUGCAUACUACACUGAACAUAACACUGCAAUGGGACUAAACAGGAGCAACUGGUUCAUGGAUGUGCUCCUGUGUAGCAGAACUCUCAAGUCAAAUUAGCCUUAAGAGGUAUGUUAGGGGAUAAGAGAGCAGAAAAAUUAUUAUAAUCAGUUUCUAUUAACUGCUGUUUCUUUUCAAACAAUAAAGUUUGUUGCAGAAAUAAUACAAAUUACAUUUACAAAUUACAUUUUCCUGCUUUUAUUUCAAGAACUCUGCUGAAAAGUUUUUGUGGGUUUUUUUAUUUAAUUAUUCUUCACAUUGUCAACCUCAGAAAACACGUUGCUUAGAUACCUGCAGGUAUUACCAAUUAAAUAUUUGAGAAACCAAAAGUUACCAUUUCCUGAUUUUAUUUUUUUAAUUCUAAUUAAGUUCAGAAAAAUAAUUGUUUAAUCUAUCACCUACAAAGCUCAUUAAACUAAGACAUCGUAUGUGUUUUA